CUUAACCAUUUCUAGGCUAUGAAACUAGGACGCCCCCCACGAAGAGAUGAAACCUUUAUCAAAACCCAUACAAGAAAAAAUGGUGUUCCUUCAAUUCAGGCAGAGCCAAUUAUCAAUAAACUUAAAGAUGUUGUCCAAGUAUAUCCAGAGUUAAAGGAGAAAACAAUUCAGGAAGGUGAUGUAUUUGCUCUUGUUUGUGGAGAGAAAGAGCCAAAAGGAUAUAUCCGUGCUGUGGGUUUAGGCCCAACUCCUCAAGAUAUUGGCACCCCUGGGUUGAAGGGUUAUGCACCAACAAGACUACAAAUGGAGAUUCUGGCUCGUACCAAAGCUGAAAAGGACAAGGCUGCUCUAGAAAAACGCAUACUUCAAUUGCAGGCAGAAAUUGAGGAAAGGGCACAACUAGACAGGGCAAGUGAAGGGCCCAUGUCACAGCAUGGUUCCACAUCACGUCAAAAUGUGAAUUCAAGGUUAGAACAUGGUGAUGAAGAUAAUGCAUAUGGAGAUGACGAUUGUAAUGAUGAGGACACAAUUGCACCAAGCACUGCACCAGGCACUAAUGAUGCUUCUCAUUCUAAACAUAAUUCUUUGGUUGGAAGAGAAGCCAUAUUAUAUGCUUUGUUGAGAUCGGAUCAACCUGUGGCCAAAGGAAUAAUAGUUUCAACUAAUCCGAGUACCAUAGUUGCAGAUCUGCCCAUUGGAAGGCAAUUUUGUGAAGUUGUUGUGACUUGUGUCCUGAAAAGAGAUGCAGUGUUGGCUCGUCCCUACGAUGAUAUGCAAACUAUGGCUACUGCUCACAUGAUGUCGCUUGCAUGGCCAUACAAGAAACUGAAGGUCAUCAACAAGGCAUCAGCAACACCUAACACAUCACCUAACAUUUCAGGAAAUGGACAAUGUUAGUAUCAGAUCAUGUUACAACCAACCGUGGACAUGGUUCUUCGGUCUUGCAUUUCUUUUGGAGCUUUUGUUGCGUAUGUUGCGUACAACAACGUGAAGGAAUUGAGUUAUUGUAAUACCGUGGACUAGCUUUUGAGUUAUGUAAUGUGAUAUUGCAACCUAUGGACUAGUUCGAUGUAUUGCAAACAUUAUGUUACUAAUGAUGUUAAUAUAUGAUCGAUGGAUAUUGAAAGACC